AUGGGACAGGCCGCCAGUUCUUCUGAACCGUCAUCAUCACUAUUGGAGUCUCGUCAUUCAAAGCAACAACCGGUGGGUUAUGUUUCGCAAGCAACCAUCCAGCGAUUAUUCUUGAAAUCAUGUUUGCAUCAAUUUGACUCGUACGAGCUAUAUUGUUUGAAGAAGAACCUUUUGGGAACAGACCAUUCAACAGAAUCUUCGGUUGUUAGUGAUACUGGUGAUUCUUCUUCUUCUUCUUCUAAUAUCCUGGGAGAAUCAAUGAGAAAAUUAAUCCAUAUCGAUACGUUAAACAAGUAUUUCAAAAUCCCCAAAACCACCCCAAUCUAUAACAUUUUCUACAAAUUUCUUAAACAGCUUAGCAUAUUCCCAAUAAUCUCCCCACCAUCGCGGUCACAACCACCAUCAUCGGAUACACCCAGCAACUUUGAGUAUUUUGAACUUGGAGAAAUUAUCAAAAUCAUUGUCCUCCUAACUCCCAAGCGCUCCCAUAUUUUGGGACCACAUUAUGAUAUUGGUAAGCUAGUGUUUAUCACCUUAUCAAUAGUGGGAUUAAAGGAUGGUAUUCAACAAUGUCAAGUUGUUAAUGGUAUGGCAGCAGAUGACGAUGAUGAAGAUGAUAAUGAUGAUUCAGAAACCAUUGAACAACAAUCUACAGAAAAGUCUCGAAAACCUCUUGAACCAACGAACCUGACACAAACCAUCAAAGAAUUCAAUGAAAAAACCGGUGAAGUAAUGAUCAAGUACCCAGUCUACGAACAAAAAAUCACUUGGAGUAGAUUACCAUUGAUCGAGAAGUUUGAUGAUGUGGAUUUCAAAACCCACAAGAUCCCCGCGACCUACUGUCUCAAUUUCUUAACUUUGCUACUAGUGGCGGAAAUCUCGGUGAUUGCCGGUUUAUACGACCCACAACUUGCGAAACUCACCACCAAUGCAAAAGGUACCACCACCAUUAUCAAUUCCUCGGGGAAAAAACCAAGUAAAAUGGAUUUCGGCGACACGAUUUCCAAAAUCGAGGCGUAUCGGAACCAUAAUAUGAACCAGAAGUAUAAUAGCAUCAAGGUGCACGCGUUCCAAUUGAUUAAAUCCAUCGAUUGUACCGUUAAAGAUGGUCAGAAAUUACUCCAAAGAACUUCGACGUUUAACUAUCGACAAUUCCAACGAUUUGUCGACAAGACCGCCCCGUUUAUAUUGCCAAAUCUCCAGAAUUUGUGUUUAUCAUUCACGUAUUUUGUCCAUGAUGUUGGGAGGAUGCCUAAACCAGAAGACCAAUUCCAACAAACGAAAUUGAUGACCUUGGCGAACUUAUCGCAACUUGCCACUUUUUUAUCGCUCACCGAUAGCACACCUUUAACUAAUGAUGGAGGAGGAGAAGAAAAAGAAAAAGAAAAACACCACGGCGAAGAAACCACUGCUAGUGGUACGACCAACUCUGGUAAUUUCAACAUCACCCCAUUUUAUAAUUUCAACAUCAACAAUUGUCGAAACUUAUACCUUGGAAGCAAGUACGGGUUCUCGAUGAAAUCCUUCGAAUAUAAAGUAUUCAAUUGGAACGCCCCAUCAAUAAUGUUGAUCUCGGGUAAAAAAAUCUUGAAUCCUUUAAAGUAUGGCGAUACCAAGAAUUCCAAAUUCCACAAAUUCAACCAAACUUACCCCAAAUUGCUACAACAACAACAACAAAGGCCACCACCACCACCACCACCGCCUCCUCCAUCUGAGGCGGCUUCCCCUUCCGACAAAGUCCUUGGAGAAACCAUGGUUUAUGGAGUCUACAUUUCCAAACCGUGGCGGAAGACCAAUAAACGAUACUUUGGCGAUGAUCGGACAAUGAUUUUCCAACUCUCGCCUCACCAAAACUUAUUCAGAGCAAAAACCGCAUUUUCUGCCUCAGACCCCGCGACUUCGCAGCUCGGGUACUUCAAUACCGAGGGCGGGGGUAUUGGGUUUGGCAAUUCCCAGCCGUUGAUGAAAAAUGGUAAAUUGUUGAAGUAUCUGGCAGGUAAUGUCUCAUUGACCAUCGAUAGCAACCUUGAAUUCGGGGUAUUCCGGCACCUUGGCACCGCGGCAGGAGGGGUAUACGACCAUGGAAGUAUAUAUGAUGAUACUACCACUACUACUAAUAAUAAUAAUAAUAAUGAUGAUGAUAAUGAUGCUUCCUCUGGAGAUCCGAUGAUACCGACUUAUGAAGAUAAGUUCCUCAUCAAUGAGAUUGAGGUCUGGGGGAUCGGUAGUGAUGAAGUGUUCAAGCAACAGUUAGCAACCUGGGCCUGGGAAGAACGGGAAGCAGAUAGGAGAAACCGGGUCAAUUUGAAAAAUUUGGGGGAAGAACGAGCAUUUUUGGAAAUGGCAGGAAUCAUCUCCGGCAAUACCAAUAGUGGCGGAUCAAUGUGA